AUGGCCUCCACCCUAGUAGCGACUCCACCCUAGUAGCGAUGGCCUGCAACCUAAUAGCAAUGGCCUCCACCCUAGUAGCGAUGGCCUCCAACCUAGAAGCAAUGGCCUCCACCCUAGUAGCGACUCCACCCUAGUAGCGAUGGCCUGCAACCUAGAAGCUUCCUUUGUUGACGCAAGCGGCAGGCCUUUGAAGUGAAUUGUGCGCCUGAGACCUUGCGCCGAACAGAUCUGGGAGAUUUGAAACCAGGCGAUUUGGUGAACUUGGAAAGGUCCAUGGCAGCCACAGACCGAAACUCAGGACACUUUGUGCAGGGUCAUGUGGACGAAGCGGGAGAGAUCUUAAAGUUUACACCUGAAGGUGACUCCUUAUGGGUCCGGAUCUCGCUCAGCGACGACAUCCUGCCGUACGUUAUCCCCAAAGGUUACAUUGCUGUGGACGGAACCAGCCUGACGGUGUGUGAGGUAAACCGAAAGGAGAAGUGGUUCAACCUCAUGCUGAUUGCACACACCCAGAAGUGCAUCGUUAUCCCAAAGAAGAAGGUGGGUGAGCGAGUGAACCUUGAAGCAGAUUGCAUGGGCAAGUACGCUGCGACAGCAGUGGGCAACGUGCGACACGAGCUGAAGGAGCUCCAGCAGCAACUGCGGGUCACUCAGGUGAUUUCUUUUGUAGCUCUUUGCACUGCGGCAGCCCUGAUGCUGAACGCUGUCCGGGCACGAUAGCCAAGAGUGAAGGAGUUGGAACUCAGCUUGAUAUUUUGGCCUUUUGAAUGGAGGAACGCUGCAAUCAAGGCUCUCGCAUAUCAUGCAAUCUUCUUUUUUUCACCAAGCUUCUUUUUGAGGAGUUUGGUGCAUUUUCAGCUGACUCAGUCAGCUCCUGUUCGGAGCUUUGGUGCUCGAAAAGUCGAUUCCGAGCAGGACCCGACUUUUUGGGUUCGGUUGGAGGGUGGAAAGGUACGUAAGAUUAGCAAGGACUAGUAGCUAGUAGAUGCUAGUAGCUAGGAUUGAUGCCAUUGCUCUUAGGUUGGAGGGUAUUGCUAUUAGGUUAGAUGCUAGUAAUUAGCUAGGAUGCAAAAGAAGACUCUCUGUAAGAAUCUGUUCGUAGACUUGAGGGAACUAGCUGGGCCCUGCCCACAGAUGGCGUCAAAGUCAACAUCACAAAACGAACAUAUUUCCUAUAGAUGAUCCUAGUUACAUAGUUAAAUUUUGUUCGGACACACCCUAUUUUCUUGAAAUUGAAUCUUCGAGAACUAUGCUGCAAGUACAUGACUCAAAAGCCUUGGGCCCGCAAAAAAGAAUGCUCCUUUUUGGGGGCAACGGAAUGAAUAGAAAAGGACCGGACAAAGACAGGUCAAAAACAUGGUCUAAGUGUCUAAAGAACAACAUCUCGGGAAAACGAUGUCCUUAUCGAUCCCGUCUCAGCUGGCUCGACCGUCUUCCGGGCACGACGGGCGACCGGGGCCGGGUUGAGG